AAAAGAACAGUCGAUUUGUGAGCUCCGUUUGAAUCUUUUGUUGAAAGCGCAAAACAACGCAAAGUAAGAGUCUUAAACGAAAAUUGUGAAAUUGUGUUCGACAUCAAGUUUUUCUACGCCAGAAUUUGGUCAUUAAAGACGCAAGAGCAGGUACCAAGAUGUUGUCCCGUCUGGCUUGCGGUAGGCAGUUGGUCUCGCCUACUUUGCUGAAGUCUGCACUACAAACCGUACCCAAGCGGCAGCCGGUGCUCCGACAGUAUGCUCGUGAUGUUAAAGGUGGAAGCAAUACGACCGGAUGGACUGCACGAGCCGAACGGAUGAGCCUUCGUGAACGAGCGAUGGCACCACCCGGUCCGAACGCUUAUGCCAUUGGAAAGGGUGCCUUGGCGGGGGGAGCUGCCCUCGGACUGGGAGCCUUAUGUUUCUACGGACUUGGAUUGGGCAGUGGAACAAGCACUCUCGAAAACUCCCAUCUCUGGCCGGAAUUCGUGAAGGAGCGUAUACGCGAUACGUACUUGUAUUUUGGCGGCUCGGUGGCUAUCUCGGCCGCAAGCGCUAUGGCAGUGUUUCGUUCGCCCCGUUUGCUGAGCCUGGUGUCGAGAAAUGGUUGGAUGUCGAUUCUCGGUACUUUUGCAGUAAUGAUUGGCUCCGGAAUGGUGGCUCAAUCGAUCCCGUACAGCCCGGGGCUGGGAACCAAACAACUCGCUUGGGCAGUGCAUUCGGCCAUUCUUGGUGCCGUUAUCGCACCGAUGUGCUUCGUUGGAGGUGCAAUUUUGACUCGGGCCGCUUGGUAUACGGCUGGUGUGGUAGGUGGCCUGUCGACGGUUGCAGUUUGUGCGCCCAGUGAUAAAUUUCUGUACAUGGGUGGACCGCUUGCCAUCGGCCUGGGUGUGGUAUUUGCAUCAUCACUGGCAUCGAUGUGGCUUCCGCCAACGACGGCUCUCGGCGCAGGAAUAGCUUCGCUUUCACUGUACGGGGGUUUGCUCCUGUUCAGCGGCUUCCUGCUCUACGAUACUCAAAAGAUAGUGAAACGAGCCGAAAUGCAUCCGCUCUACGCAGCUCGUCCAUUCGAUCCAGUUAAUUCGGCGAUAUCUAUUUAUAUGGACACCUUGAAUAUCUUCAUUCGAAUCGUUACGAUCUUGGCUGGUGGAGGAGGUAAUCGACGCAAGUAAAGCGUGUUUUCUUUGCGUACUCAAUAUAGUGAUAAAUUACAUAAAUUCAUACACAGUUACGCAUUAAAUCAGGUACCUAGCUUUUGUUUAAGGUUUAACUAUUGCACACAAUAACUUUUCCCCAGGGAUCAAUAAGAAUUUAAAUCGCUGGCUUGGAUCAAUUUCAA